GAUUUACCUGCUGGGCGGUGCGGGCGAGGUGCCCGCCGGGAGUCGCGGGGCUGCAGCCGCCGGUGCCGGGUGCCCGUCGCGCCAUGGAGCCGCCGCUGCUGGUGUCCUUCGUGCUGCUCUGCUGCGCAGGUCUAACAAGAAGCCUAAGUAUAACUUCAGCUGAAAAAUCAUUUGAAACAGCACAAGGAGAGAAAGUUACAUUGCCAUGUACUUUUGUACUCUCAGAAGAAGAUGAAGGUCCACUAGAUAUUGAGUGGGUAUUGAUACCAGCAGAUAAUCAGAAGAAGGAACAAAUAAUAAUUAUGUAUGCUGUAGACAGGAUUUAUAAUCAUUAUUAUGCUGCUAUGACUGGGAGGAUGCAGUUUACUAAUCCUGAUCCCAGAUCUGGUGAUGGUUCAUUGGAUAUCCUGAAUUUAAAGUCAGCAGACACUGGCACAUACCAGUGCAAAGUGAAGAAGGCUCCCGGAGUUCAAAGCCAAAAAAUACAGUUGACUGUACAUGUAAAGCCAGCAAGAACUAAAUGUUCCAUUGAAGGAUCACAGGAGAUUGGAAAAGAUGUCAUCUUGAAAUGUGCAUCACAAGAAGGAUCCCCACUUUUGUCUUAUGACUGGAGGAGAGUAUCUGGCACACGGGAACUUCCUGCCACUUCUGUGCUGAAUAAAAAUACAGGCGAACUUCUGUUGAAAAAUGCCUCUCAAGACUAUUCUGGUACAUACAGUUGCGUUGCCUCAAACAGAGUUGGCACAGAUGAAUGUUCUGUUGAGCUGAAUGUCACCCCUCCUAUAAAUACAGCUGGUAUAAUUGCUGGAGCUAUUAUAGGAACUCUGCUGGGUCUUUCUGUACUGGCUUUUCUUGUCUUCUGUUGCUGUAAGAAGCAUAGAGAGAAGAAAUAUGAGAAAGAAGUACAUCAUGAUAUCAGAGAAGAUGUUCCACCUCCAAAAAGUCGCAGUUCAACAGCCCGCAGCUACAUAGGCAGCAAUCGUUCUUCUCUGGGUUCAAUGUCUCCCUCAAAUAUGGAAGGAUAUACCAAGACUCCAUAUAGCCAAGUCCCAAGUGAAGACUUUGAACGUACUCCUGCUCAAAACCCAACCUUUGCACCUUCAAAGGUAGCUGCACCUAAUUUAAGUAGAAUGGGAGCUGUUCCUGUGAUGAUUCCAGCACAAAGCAAAGAUGGCUCCAUAGUAUAAAAUAUUAUUAAUUUAAAUGCUGUUUUUUAAGUGUUCAUUGUAAGUAUUAGAAAAAAAUACUGUGUUCCAUCCCUCAUUUAAGCAAUGGCAUGCAAUUUUCCUUGAAGAAAAUGAACAAGUUAGUUUGAAAAGCCACCAGUUCUCAAUUUUAACUUUAAACUUAUUAGUAUAUGACAGUUGAACUAUUUGCUGAAAGCAUUGAAGUUCCUAAAUAAAUAUCGGGCACUGAAGGUAUUGGGACCUCUGGUAGUUUGCUGAAGAGACACUGGCAGCUGAUGUGCAGUUCUGAGUAGGUAACAGCGAGACACAAGUGAGAAGUAACAAAAGCAUUUUAUAUGUAGACCGUGAAGUUUCUCAGAGUUCCUGAAACUUUAUCCUCACUUUUGGAAUAACAGAAAUAUUUGAACUUGUCCGCUAUCUGAUGUAGUUGCAGGGGGGCUGAAAUACUGAGGAUGACUUUGAGUUCUUUACAAACUGAGCAAGCAGUUCUUUAACCUGUUAGUGUUUGGAGCACUCUUGAACUCUUAUUUCAGGGGCUACCAGUUAUUUGACUGGUUCAAUUGAUUUAAUGAAUCUAUUCUGAAUUUAAAAUUUCAGUGAGUGGAAACAUGACAGGAGACCUUGCAAACUAUUUGAAACGUUAAAUUUUUCUGUAAUAACAAGUUCUAGUCAUGUCAUACAGUUUAAUACUUACGCUAUCUAAUUCAAGAGGUCCUAUCAGGUGGUUGGUAGUGGUAUCUAUGCUUUAAAAAUCUAUAGAUCAACUGUUACUGUCACAGUAAGAAUGAACAUGUAUCUUUUAUACAGGUUUUAAGUUAAUUGUACCUUACAUUUUCUGAAGCCUGUUUAGAUUUUAAGGCAGUGCUCUUACUUUUUUCCAGACUGAUUGCCUAGAAGCUCCAUGGGGGUUUUAAUGAAAGCUGCUAAGUUACUGGUAUUUGAUAUCUGUCCUCUUGCUCUAACAUUGCUGUGGAAACCUCUUUUCCCGUAUACAUGUAAGCAGUAGUUGGCCUUUCCUUAAGAUGAUAGUAUCUUCCUGUAUGAAUUUGCAAGGUGUUUAAAGCUCACUUCUUGCCUCUUCAACAGCCCUGAAUAUUAUAAACAGACAUUUAGGCUUUUAAGAGCGAGAGUUUCAUGCAGCCAGAAUCUGAGAGAAAAUAGUUAUCCAGAAUUGUUGAUACAAAUCUUGUUUCAAUAUUAAAACACCUUCUUCUUAGUGAGCUUAAAGCAUUACAGGAGGGACAGAACAGUUCCUUAUCUUACUUUCACACAUACUUAAGGACUUUUGAUACCUUCUGAUAACUGAGAUUAUAUACCUGUGGAAGCUGGAUUUAAAGCUUAGUGCAGCUUGAAUCUUUGUGGAUUUUUUUUUUCUCUUCCUUCCUAUUUUCUACUGUCUUCUUCAUCCUUUUCUGGGAAGGAGGGGAGUCCCUUCAGCUUAUUCUAGCUACAGAUGUUAAACUGCAAGGUAUUUUGGAAAACUCUAAAGGCAUAUAGUAUGUGGCACUGAUGUUGAUGAAGGAAAUAUCUGAAUAGCCUGUUGAAAGAUGUUAGGAUUAUUUGUAUGUAGGAACAGUGCGAGAGAGAACAUUUCCCCAAACUUCUAGGUUUAGUGUCUGCUUUUUUGUAGUUGCUUAUAGUUCUGUGAUAAAUUCUUUGGCUUACUACUAAAUGCUUGUCCUACCUGUAGUUAGGUGCACAAUUUUGGGCUGGCACUAUUAAUGUAAAGAACAUACCCUUCAUACUGAAUUUAAAAACUUGAAUAGUUAUUAGGUGUUCUAGACUUACACUUUUACACAUUUGGGACUUUUUUAGAUUGUAAAUUGAUACUGUUAGAGAUCAGAUUUUUUUAUCUUUCAUGUGUGCCUUGUCAAUAAACUUUGACUGAUUGUAACUUCAGUUUUUAUGAAAUUUCUGGUGCCUAAACUUACUGUUUGAACAGGUGCUUAGAUGAUGGUACAGUUCUUAAAACACUGACACUGUGAUCUGAUUUCUUGAUUCUUCUGUACUAUUUAUACCUCUUCAUGCCUAUUUUUGGAUGUGACUUCAGUGUCUCUCUCUGUAUUGUUCUGUAUUUCAAAAUGCUGGUUACUCCCUCAAUUGCUAAUUAUGAUCUAAGUGUUUCUAUUCCUGAACACUGUUCAGUUGUACCAAUGAGGUGGAUGAUUGCCUUUUACUUGUGUGGUAAAUAGGUUUAGUAACUGUGCCAAACAUAUGCUUAUGAAGAACAGUAGCUGAGGGGACAUCUUGCAUCCAAUUAUUGUGAUAGAAGAGACUUCCUAGAUUUUAAUCAUACACUAAUUGUUUACCUUGAAACUAAGGCCUUCCUUAAUUAAAAGGGUAUAGUUAUAAAUACAUGUUGAGUACAAAACUAAACUGAAUCACAGAGUGAGAGAUAGCUAUAAACCUAAGCAACCAGGCAACAAACCUACUGAAUUUGGUUCUUAGCCAUCUGUGAACAUAAGUGAGAUUAGAUGUGGGUUUUGUUUUUUGCUUGUUUGCUUUAGAUUUUUUUUUUUUUCCCCUCCACCUGUCCCCCCCCGCCCCGGUUUGGCCUGAGACCCUGUACUUACAGUCAGGUAAGCCCUAGGACACUCAAGAACAGAAACCUGUCUCACCGAAGCCUACAGAGCAGAGUUUACACAUGCUUAAUGCUCUGUCAGCUUGUACAAAAUAAUAAAUGGACAGAACAGAAGGACAGCAUGAUGUGCCCUCAGACCCUAGCUGUUAGGCUUAGCAGCCUUGACAGUGUCUGUCUAUUUAUGUAAUUGCAUGGAAAAUAAAACAAAUAGAAUCUGACAUAGUCCUUAUCUGAAAUAAAGAAUCUCUGACUUGGGGUAAACUUUGCCUCAAGUUGCUAUCAUCAUGCCUUUCUGUUAUGAUACAACAUUACUAUGAAAACAUAAUACGGCUAUUAUACGUUAUUUCUUUUGUCAGUAGAUUGUUCACUUACACUGGAUUAUGAUUCUCAAAAGCAGCUACCGUAGUUUAUCAAUGAUUUCUAGCUGUGUAGGAGAGGAACUGGUUAAACACGUGAGGUGUCUGAUCUUACAGGUAACUCUGCUAACAGAACUGUCUUAGGAAGUAAUGGCAGCUGAUGUACCAGUUAGAAGGUGGCAUUUUUAAUGUCUCAUUUUAUUUAACAAAAAAAAAAAAAAAGGGAUUGGGGGUGGGGGGCAUGGUACCAUUAUGUAAAUACUCUAAGUGAACUCAAGAAGCCUCUAGUUAAUGUCCUGACUGUAAACUUGCCUGUUGAGGACUACUAUAUAUAUAGGAGAAACCCCUCAAUUUUAGCAUGGUGUGAAUAAAGUGUUAGACUUGUAAUACUGUAGAGGUUACGUAACACUUGUCCAUACAUUUACAAGCGUUUUCAUAAACUUUCCAAAAUGGAUAUUUAAAGAUACUUGUGUGAAACUUCCUUACCUAAAAAUGGAUACUUCUUCCAAAGCUGUGUAGUGCACAGAACUGUCUUGUUGGAGGGGUAAAACAUAACUUUUGAAAGAAAUGUACAAUGCAUACAUCUUCAUCAACUCUGAUAGUCACAUUCAUAUUAGGUGUAUGCUUCCUGCUUAAUAGUACAAGUAAGACUUUUUAAUUGCAAGUUUUUCUGUAAUGCUGAAUACUGUAUUAUUACUGGUUUCCAUUAUAAGAUUUUGGUUUUGUUCUUAACAGUGUAUAUUCUGGAUCACUUGGAUCUUUGUUCCAGUCUAAAGACAUAAUACUAUUUGUGUCACUUAAACCUUCUUUUAUACACUUGAUAGGUGCUUUAUGGGACAGUUUGGUUAUUGGUCCUCUGGCAUUGAGGUACAGCUCAGUUGAAAUCAGAGCAAUAAUAUUUCCUGGAAUCCAAAAUGUUACGAUGUUACGUUAUACUUCUCAUGCACAAAGCAUGGACUUGAAUAUUGAUACAAAUUUCAGUAUGAGGUUUUCUAUUCACACUUUUGGGGGAAUGGUAUUUUAAAAUGCAAUUAUUGUGAGUGAAUUUGUAAAAACAAAAUCCAAAAUUUUAAAAUGCUGUAGUUCCAUGACAGACUUGUGUACUUUUUUGAAAUAAAACUGUUGCAGAAAACAGUAGUCUGUCUUUAUUUUAAAGCAGCACUUGUGUAUGGCUUCAGCUUUCUCUUUAUGUAAUUGGAAGUGAACUAAUAAAUAUGGCUGUGUAUACCACA